AUCGCGCACGGGGCAUGUGCAAAGCUCUGGGCUACUGCUGUCCGUCAGUUCAUGAUGCAGCGCGUGCUGACGCUGAGACUCGCGCGUUUCUGCACUCUGAGGACGAAACUGUCGCUGAGCGUCCGACCCGCAACAGCCAACAUGUCCACCCUGCUCAUUAACCAACCACAGUACAGCUUUCUCAAAGAGUUAGGCCUUCACGAGGACAAUGACGGCGUUUAUAAUGGCUCGUGGGGCGGACAGGGAGAGGUGGUCACUUCCUACUGUCCAGCCAACAAUGAGCCCAUUGCCCGAGUGCGUCAGGCAACCAUGGCAGAAUAUGAGGAAACUGUACGAAAAGCACAAGACGCGUGGAAAGCGUGGGCAGAUGUUCCUGCUCCAAAGAGAGGCGAAGUCGUUCGACAGAUCGGAGACGCUUUAAGAGGGAAGAUCAAAGCUCUCGGCAGCUUGGUGUCUCUGGAGAUGGGCAAGAUCUACGUGGAGGGUGUCGGCGAGGUGCAGGAGUACGUGGACGUGUGCGACUACGCCGUAGGGCUGUCCCGUAUGAUCGGCGGACCCGUUCUACCCUCUGAACGGCCGGGUCACGCGCUCAUCGAGCAGUGGAAUCCUGUCGGCUUGGUAGGAAUCAUCACCGCCUUUAACUUUCCCGUGGCCGUGUACGGUUGGAACAACGCCAUCGCUCUCAUCUGCGGCAACGUCUGUCUUUGGAAAGGGGCUCCGACGACACCCCUCACAAGUGUCGCCGUUACCAAGAUUGUAGCUGAGGUGUUGGAGCGCAAUCAACUUCCUGGUGCGAUCUGUGCGAUGACGUGCGGAGGUGCUGACAUUGGCACGGCCAUGGCUAAAGAUGAGCGAGUGGGUCUGCUGUCCUUCACAGGCAGCACUCAUGUGGGCAAACAGGUGGCCAUGAUGGUACAAGAGCGGUUCGGUCGUCAGCUGCUGGAGUUGGGAGGAAAUAAUGCCAUCAUAGUGUUCGAGGACGCCGAUCUUAGUCUGGUCGUGCCGUCUGCCGUCUUUGCCUCUGUGGGAACGGCUGGCCAGCGCUGCACUACUACCAGACGACUGAUGCUGCAUGAAAGCGUACAUGAUGAUGUUGUGGAGAGGAUCGCCAAAGCUUACAAGCAAAUCCGCAUCGGUGACCCCUGGGACCCAAACACUCUUUAUGGACCUCUGCACACCAAACAGGCUGUUCAGCAGUAUCUGGCGGCCAUAGAGCAAGCAAAGCAGCAGGGCGGCACUCUUGUGUGUGGGGGAAAGGUUAUGGAUCGGCCGGGUAACUAUGUGGAGCCUACGAUCAUCACCGGACUGCCACACGACGCUCCCAUAGUUCACACGGAGACCUUCGUGCCUAUCCUUUACGUGCUUAAAUUUAAGACAGAGGACGAAGCAUUUGCCUGGAAUAAUGAAGUGAAACAAGGCCUCUCCAGCAGCAUCUUCACUAAAGACAUGGGUCGGGUGUUCCGCUGGUUAGGCCCCAAAGGCUCUGACUGCGGCAUCGUGAACGUCAACAUUCCAACCAGCGGCGCUGAGAUCGGAGGAGCGUUUGGAGGCGAGAAGCACACGGGCGGCGGGCGUGAGUCGGGCAGUGACUCGUGGAAGCAGUACAUGAGAAGAUCAACGUGCACCAUCAACUACAGCAAAGAUCUGCCAUUGGCCCAGGGGAUCAAGUUUGAGUGAAGCGCGACGUUGCCUAGUUAGCGGUGUGAAAUAGCAUUGAUGAUGGACAAAACACUUUUUCCAUGUUUGUUUUAUGUAGAUCUGUUUGUAUUGCUGCAUAAAGUAGCCAUUGCAGUGCAUAGCACUUACCCAUACUGUCCUUCGAAUCUAGAUACUGUUUCUUACCAAUAAACCAUGAUUGACUAA